CACAACAAAGAAAGAUGCAAUUCACUGGACCUCUCUGCCCCACCAUGACCAGCUGGGCUCUCCUGCUCCUUGUCUCUGUGCUCCUGGACACCCCAGGUCUUUCUUCCUCUGAGAGCUCUGACCGGGCGCCAAGCAGCCCAUGUGAGGGAGAGCCGUCCUGCCAGAGCCUGAUCCAGGAGGACCUCGAGGAUGAGCUGCUGACCAAAAGUGAGGGGCUGCGCAUCUCCUGUUCGCCCUGUAAGAAGAUAAUCGAAAAGUUGAAGUCACUGGCGGGAGAAGAUUUAAAUGAGGACAGCAUCGCUCAGGCUGCGACCCAAGUGUGCAGCAGCAUGAGGCUAUUGAAAAAGCCCUGCAAAAACAUCAUGAAAAAAUAUCUCAGUGUCAUCUCCGAGGACCUCAUAGAAGGCAAAGAUGCCCGUGACAUCUGUGUGGACAUAAAAAUGUGCAAACCUCGCGCAGGUCCCAUGUGAGCCUCCACCUUGGGGAAGACCACGGAAAUUCCAGCAACCUCUGCCAGCUCCUUCCUUCCUAAAGCCAGAUUCUACCCUCCAGUCCCUCUCACCUAACUCCCACUACUGACCUUGCCCUCUCAGGAGAAUAAAAUGUCAU